AGUGGCUCCCCUCACUCCAAACGCGCUGCAUCUCUCCUUUCCAAGAAAACUCCUCCAGACUUCAGGAAGCCUUCGGAUUGCUAUGUUUGGAUGUACCGACAAAUAUUACAGACCAUUGAAAAGAAGGAUAGCUGGAGUUUAGGUUGUUUUAUCACGCCGAUACGCGUCGACUCGAGAGAUUUAUCCGAUAGUUUUGGACGCGACGCUCAGGACGCGCGUAAUGGAUCGAUAGUACCAACUUUUGGGAGUGUUAACAAGCUCCUCUAGCGACUGUGAAACUGCUGUUUUUCUGGAUUAAAGAGAGUUUAUCAAGUAAACAGAGUUUCAGAUCCACGCGCGCUGUGAUGGAUGGAGCGGUUCCCUUUAUAUUGAUGGUGCUGCUGCUUUUCUCUGGAGAUGUUUGGAGCGCCUCGUAUCCUCAGCGGUAUAACCUGUACGCGGGGGCGCAGACGCAGACGCACACGCAGUCUUUAAACGGGGCGAGAGCGGCGAGCAGACACAGAAACUGGUGUGCGUAUGUGGUGACCAAGACGGUGAGCUGUGUGGUGGAGGACGGGGUGGAAACUUAUGUGAAGCCUGAUUAUCAGCCAUGUUCCUGGGGUGCUCAGUGUGCUCGUGUUGUUGUAUAUAGGACAUACAUGAGGCCCAGAUACAAGGUGGCUUACAAAAUGGUAACGGAAAUGGAGUGGAAGUGUUGCCAUGGAUACAGUGGAGAUGACUGCAAUGAUGGACCAAACGGGGGAUCUAACACUCAGAUCUCAACAGUCAGACCUUGGCCUAAACCCUCACAACCAGGACAAACUGGAGCUGGUACUGGUCAGGGACAAAGUGGGGGAAAUGGGAGAGGUGACAAUGAAAAGAUGAAACAACUGGAGGACAAAAUCCAGCGGUUGACCAAAGACUUAACUGACCUUCAGUCAUCACUGCGUGGGAUGAAUGAAAAAUUCCAAGAGGAGAUGACUAAACCAGGUUUCAACGGUGGCAAGACGCCAGCUGAUGCAGCCCAGCCAGAAAUGAAAGAGACCAUCCAUAACAUUCAGACCAAGUUGGACCAGCUCGACAACCGGACACAAGCUCAUGACAAGACUCUAGUCACGAUCAACAACCAUCUAGUGAACGGGAAAGGAGGCAAUGACCUGGAAGAAGAAGGAGUUGGGGGAAGCAGGUUCAAUACUUUAAAGGAGGAGAUCCUCAGAGAACUUGAACUUCGAGUGACGCUCUCCUGUUCCGCCUGUCAAACUGGGGUUGAAGAUCUUAGACGUCAACAGCAACAAGAUCGAGAGAGGAUCUCUGGUCUAGAAAAGCAGAUUAAUGCAAUUGACCAACGCUACCGCCAGACGAUUGACGGCUUACGUAGAGACCUCAGUCGAUCUCAGGGCUGCUGUGACACGGUGGUGGACUUUAGAGAAAGACUAGAUGACAUGGACAGGAAGAUAAGCUCCACAUCAGAGGCCUAUGACAAGCUGCAGGACCGUCUGAACAGGGAACCCGUAGGACCUGGAGGAGGUGGACAUUUUGGAGGAGGCGAUGGACAAGCAGAAAUCCCCGAUGUGACGGAUUAUCGGAGUAUCUUCAAUGAUCGUCUACAGGACUUGGAGAGGCGUCUGAACAACACAAUAACGAGGACGGAGGAGAAUUGCGCUUCUCUGGAAACUAAGAUACAGGGCUCAUUCCAGCAGGAGCUCAGAAAUCUUCGGAAUGAAUUCAAUAAUCGUUUUCAUGACCAAGACCACAGGAUUGUUGAGAUAGACCUUGAUGUAGGACUGGUGAAGGAAACCGUAUUCGAUCUUGAUAAGCGCUUGUCUCGGCUGGAGAAUACAACAUCCUUUGUCGACAGAAAGUUAAGCGAAUGCUCAGCAUGCUCUGCGUCAGUUCCUGGGUCGAGUUCAGGGGUUGGCACUCCGAAUCCAGAUGACACGGUGAAGGCUUUGGAAUGGAGAGUCAUUGCAAAUGAAGCUGAGAUCAAGAGGUUUGACACAAGGUUUAGGGAUCUCUCCGUAUCUGGUGACUCUCUUGAGGAUCAGGUGAUCAAUCUCACCCACGACGUUCGCAAGAUCAAAGCGCUAACUGGAGACAAUGGGGAGAACUUAAAUAGAAUCGUCAAUGAGAUCGAGAACUGUGAGGUUUGUAGCACCGUUGAAGAUGACCUGAAGAAACUCAAGAACAUCACAAACCAUGCCAUGGAUAGAUGGCAAAGGGAAUUUAACUCCAUUAAAGGUCAAUUUGAAUCUGGUCAGACCGGCUGUGGAGACGUUUGUCCAGGUUUGCAAGUCAAGAUGGAUCAGUUGAAAAAGGAAGUAAAGACAUGCUGCAGUCACCAUAAUAUCACGUUGACCACUCCUACAGGGACUGAUUCAGGAACAGGUCAUCUGGAUGAUCCACAAAAACCACUGGAUGGCAUAAGCGUCAUAAGCACAAACAGUGGUGACCUCAGUUCCAUCCGUAGAGAAUUGUCUGAGGUCAUUGUGACCUUCAGUUCCAUAAAAGACAGGCUGAAAGUUUUAGAGCAGAUGGACCAGAAACACGACAGCGUAGUUACCGACCUGGGAAACACCAAAGACAAAAUCAUUUCUGAAAUCGACAAGAUCCAGCAGGAAAUGACAGAGCACAUUGAAGAUAGCAGGAUACGCUUUGACAAUGUGGACCGGGACGUACGACGCUACGUGGUCGAGAUGGGCAACUGUAAAAGGGGCGGCGAUGGUCUGGAUAAGAGGCUCUCUAAACUUGAAAUGUUUUUUGGCCGGCUUGACUCUGUCUCAGACAAUCUGCAGAAGAUCAAAGACGGCUUGAACAAACACGUGUCCAGCUUGUGGAGCUGUGUCAGUGAUCUAAACAACACAGUGAACUCAAACAGCGCGUUCAUCGAAGUCAUCAAGAAUAUACAUCUAGAUGGUAUCUAUGUCAGUAUCGAGGGACUUAGUUCCUCAAUGGACUACAUCCAAGAGGAGUUCGAGAGGUUGUCUAAGAAAAAUUCCACAGGUUUACCUGGACCACCAGGUCCCCCUGGUCCACAGGGACCUCAAGGUAGAGAUGGAUCGCCAGGUAAAGAUGGACCUCCAGGUAUUCUAGGCUUACCUGGGCCAAAAGGACCUCCUGGUCUCAGAGGAGAGCAAGGUCAGGCUGGAGCAGAUGCAGAUAUACCCCGUAUGUCCUUCUCGGCUGCUCUCACAUAUCCUAUGGUUACAUCUGGAACUAUCAUUUUUGAUAAGAUAUUUGUGAAUGAAGGAAACUUUUACAAUCCAAGAACAGGUAUCUUUACAGCACCGAUGGAUGGACGUUACUUCUUUAGCGCCGUCCUGACGGGCCACAAAAAUGAGAAGAUUGAAGCUGUGCUUUCAAAGUCUAACUACGGCAUGGCUCGCGUAGACUCGGCGGGUUACCAGCCAGAGGGGUUGGAAAACAAACCCAUGGCCGAGGCCAAACCUACACCAGGCUCACUGGCGGUCUUCAAUGUCAUCCUACCCCUUCAGGUGGGAGACACGGUCUGCAUAGACCUGGUCAUGGGCAAACUGGCUCAUUCGGUGGAGCCUCUAACUAUCUUCAGUGGCGCUCUUCUAUAUGAAAUUUAGGGGCCUAUUUAAGGGGCUCUUUGGGUGGGCCGUCUUGACCGAGCACUGAGGCUUAUCAGACUCUGACGACCAGCAAACUACGGGACUAGGACAGGACACUUAAUGACACUUAAGCAGCCUGGGAAAGCGAUGCAAACCUACUCUUCAAACCUAUGGAUGUUGUUAGACCUCCGAUGAACUCUGCGAAUAGAGGACAUGAUUGGAAAUGGAGGAACUAUUGCCCUUGAUAUGUAAUCCUAACCCACAUUUUGGUGAAGUUGUAACAGAUACUACUGCGGGUUUGUGCGACCAAAGUUUUUGUUGAGAUAACUCAUGUCUGUGAUUCAUAUUGCAUUAAAGUAUGAAUUGUUUCUCAUGCACCGAU